GGUAUCGCAACAGCGAGCCUAUUGCACGACCAGUGCGUCGUCGUGUCUCCUUUGGUGCUCCUCGUCGUGGUGGAACGACAGUUGAAGUGAUGAUGAUCGUGAUGACGACGACGAUGGCUCGUCGUUCGAACGCCUGAUCGCGCGGCUAAAUCCGAAAACAAGAAAGUAACAGCGGGACAAACGUAACGACAGACCGCGUGUGUGCCUCAAGGGGAUUUCUAUAUAACAAUAGUAAACAAAGGCGAAGCAGUAUUACCGAGACGCGUUCACCUGUGUCCACGUAUAUUCUUGGCAUAAAUCUCGAAGAGGAAGAAGAUAAUCGAAGAUACUCAAGAACCGAUUAAACAAAUUCGGACAAUCCCGAGGUACAAAGCUGUGUCUGGUAUGCUUCGAGGUCUUCUGGACACUUUUCUCGGUUUGAAUCACGCUGAACAAAGUGACACACCAAGUGUUUCGUCCGCCGUUGUUCUAUUCGCUCCCAUUCUCUUCGGCUUCUCGUUCGCUGUGAUUAUACGCCAAUACGUUCACCUUGGACACAUUUUCACGGAUCGGCUCCAACAAGGGUGGUGGUGGUGGUCUCACCUUUCACGAGCAUUUCAUUCUGUGUACGGUCGUAGGAGGAUCGAGGGUAACGCCGAGUGCGUAGACAGUGGUCCAGGGAAACAGGGAUCGAAAAAGGCUGAUAACGUACCCGUUAUUACGAUCAACGGCACGAUGUCGGAAAAUCCAGUAAGCUUCGUCGUCGGUGGACCCGACACUGAUCUAGCCGAGGAAUUGGAGGUUGAGGAUAGCUUCCCAUCCGAAGGAAGCGAUAUGGGCCUUAACCAGGCGCAGCAGAAUAUCUUGCCGGGCCUGGUCGAACGUCGCAAGCGACUCAGGCCCAGCAUGUCGCAGGGUACGGUGAUGAUUCAGACGCAAAAUCGGCUAUACGAAAAAGAUUUCACUAUCGCAACACCAGAAGAAUUCGUUCAUCGUUUCGGUGGUACCAAAGUUAUUAACAAGGUGUUGAUCGCUAACAACGGUAUAGCAGCAGUAAAAUGUAUGCGUUCCAUUCGACGAUGGUCCUACGAGAUGUUCAAAAACGAACGAGCGGUACGGUUCGUCGUGAUGGUAACACCGGAAGAUCUGAAAGCGAACGCGGAGUAUAUAAAAAUGGCAGACCAAUACGUUCCGGUACCAGGUGGAUCGAACAACAACAACUACGCGAACGUGGAAUUGAUCGUGGACAUAGCUAUACGUACCCAGGUGCAGGCUGUGUGGGCUGGAUGGGGUCACGCUUCUGAAAAUCCAAAAUUACCAGAAUUACUUCACAAAAAUAACAUUAGUUUCAUUGGACCAUCUGAGAGAGCCAUGUGGGCUCUUGGAGACAAAAUUGCAUCGAGUAUAGUGGCUCAAACCGCAGAGGUACCGACUCUCCCUUGGUCAGGAUCAGAAUUGAAAGCUCAGUACAGUGGAAAGAAGAUAAAGAUAUCCUCGGAACUGUUCAAAAAAGGUUGUGUCUCCACGGUAGAAGAAUGUCUGGCUGCAGCUAAUAAAAUCGGCUUUCCUAUUAUGGUAAAAGCAAGUGAAGGAGGUGGUGGUAAAGGUAUCAGAAAGGUGGAGAAUGCUGAAGAAUUGCCUACGUUGUUUAGGCAGGUACAAACUGAAAUACCUGGAUCUCCGAUAUUCAUUAUGAAACUGGCUAAGUGUGCACGCCAUUUGGAAGUUCAAUUAUUGGCUGAUAAUUACGGAAAUGCGAUAUCGUUGUUCGGUCGUGAUUGCUCUAUUCAGAGGAGGCAUCAGAAAAUUAUAGAAGAAGCUCCGGCUGUGAUAGCCAAACCUGAAGUUUUCGAAGAGAUGGAAAAAGCUGCUGUAAGAUUGGCCAAAAUGGUCGGAUAUGUCAGCGCAGGUACUGUCGAGUAUCUCUAUGACACGUCUGGACGAUACUUCUUUUUGGAAUUGAAUCCACGUCUUCAAGUGGAACAUCCUUGUACCGAGAUGGUAUCAGAUGUCAAUUUACCCUCUGCUCAACUUCAAAUUGCCAUGGGAUUACCGCUUCACCAUAUCAAAGAUAUCCGUCUUCUUUACGGUGAAAGUCCAUGGGGCGACAGUGUCAUCGAUUUCGAUCAACCACGGCAUAAGCCUCAACCGUGGGGUCACGUUAUAGCAGCUAGAAUUACUAGUGAAAAUCCUGAUGAAGGUUUUAAGCCAAGUUCAGGAACCGUGCAAGAAUUGAACUUCCGUUCUUCCAAGAAUGUUUGGGGUUACUUCUCCGUGGCGGCAUCCGGCGGUCUCCACGAGUUCGCCGAUUCUCAAUUCGGUCAUUGUUUCUCUUGGGGCGAGGAUCGUGAUCAAGCUAGAGAGAAUUUAGUCAUAGCUCUGAAAGAAUUGAGCAUCAGGGGUGACUUUAGAACCACCGUCGAGUACCUAAUCACGUUAUUGGAGACGAAUUCGUUCCUAGAUAAUAAUAUAGACACAGCAUGGUUAGAUUUAUUGAUCUCUGAACGUGUAAAGAGCGAUAAACCGGACGUAUUGUUGGCUGUAACCUGCGGUGCGCUUCACAUCGCUGAUAGAACUAUCACUGCCGCUUUCUCUGGAUUCCAAACGGCUUUGGAAAAAGGACAGAUACAGGCUAGCAAUGACUUAGACAAUGUUAUUGACGUUGAAUUGAUCAACGAUGGGUACAAAUAUAAGCUACAAGCCGCUAAGUCAGGUCCUAAUAGUUACUUCCUUAUCAUGAACGGUUCUUAUAGAGAGGUUGAGGUACACCGCCUAUCGGACGGAGGACUUCUACUUUCUUUGGACGGUGCAAGUUUCACCACCUACAUGAGAGAAGAGGUUGAUCGUUAUAGAAUUAUUAUAGGAAAUCAAACUUGCAUCUUUGAAAAGGACAACGAUCCUUCUUUGUUGAGAUCACCGUCAGCUGGAAAACUAAUCAGUUUCCUCGUCGAAGACGGUGGCCACGUUAAUCCUGGCCAAGCGUACGCUGAAAUCGAGGUUAUGAAAAUGGUAAUGACGGUAACAGCCGGCGAGGCUGGUAGCGUAUUCUACGUUAAAAGACCAGGUGCCAUUCUCGAGGCUGGUACUCUUAUCGCUCACUUAGAAUUAGACGAUCCGUCUUUGGUGACGAAAGCUCAAGACUACACGGGUCAAUUCCCGGAAACCGCGCCGCCUGCUGUUUCUGAGAAAUUGAAUCAUCUUCAUGCCAAAUACAGAGCUGCUCUGGAAAACACUCUGGGUGGAUAUUGUUUGCCGGACCCGUACCAUUUGCCACGUGUACGAGAACUUAUCGAGAAGUUUAUGAGUUCACUUCGAGAUCCUAGCUUGCCUUUGCUCGAACUCCAAGAGGUGAUCGCAACGAUAUCCGGAAGAAUUCCGAUCGCUGUGGAGAAAAAGAUCAGAAAAUUAAUGUCGUUGUACGAAAGGAACAUAACUUCCGUUCUAGCUCAGUUCCCUAGCCAACAAAUCGCCGCUGUGAUCGAUGGCCAUGCGGCAACCGUUUCCAAGCGAUCCGAACGAGAUGUGUUCUUCUUGACCACCCAGGCUAUAGUGCAAUUAGUGCAAAGAUAUAGGAACGGAAUACGCGGUAGAAUGAAGACCGCCGUUCACGAGCUUCUUAGACAAUACUACACCGUCGAGAGUCAAUUUCAACAAGGUCAUUACGACAAGUGCGUGUCAGCUUUAAUAGACCAAUACAAGGAUGACGUAGCCACGGUAACAGCUAUGCUCUUCAGUCACAAUCAAGUGACAAAGAAGAACGUCCUGGUGACGAUGCUUAUAGAUCAUCUUUGGGCGAACGAACCUGGCCUCACCGAUGAAUUAUCGAGCACGUUGACGGAACUGACGAGUUUGAAUCGUACGGAGCACAGUCGUGUCGCGUUACGCGCGAGACAAGUAUUGAUCGCCGCUCAUCAACCUGCUUACGAAUUGAGACACAAUCAAAUGGAAUCUAUAUUCUUGUCAGCUGUGGACUUGUACGGUCACGAUUUCCAUCCAGAAAAUCUACAGAAAUUAAUCCUCUCCGAGACCUCUAUCUUCGAUAUUCUUCACGAUUUCUUCUACCAUUCGAAUCGUGCAGUCUGCAAUGCUGCUCUGGAGGUUUACGUGCGAAGGGCGUACAUCAGUUACGAGUUGACCUGUUUGCAACACCUCGAGUUAUCGGGCGAAGUACCGUUGGUACACUUCCAGUUCUUAUUGCCUAACAAUCAUCCCAACAGACAGAACCAGUCACCGGUUAAUCACAGAGUCGGAGCAAUGGCAGCCUUCCAAGACAUGGAACAGUUUGUCAGAUACUCCGACGAGAUACUGGAUCUUCUAGAAGAUCUCUCGUCGACCACGUCGGUCUCGGCGAAAGUCUUAGAAGCGGUUGACGCGGCUGGAAGCGAAUCGAGGCAUAGCACGUCUAUAAACGUGUCUCUGAGCAUGGGAGACCCUCCUGUACCGGUGGAGAUCAGCGGUACCGGUGAGAGACCAGCGGAACCGGUGCACAUUUUAAGCAUCGCUGUUCAAGAGAAAGAAAACCACGACGACGCUGCUCUAGCCAAGCUGUUUGGCGAUUGGUGCGCCACGAACAAAGAUGAACUGAUGUCCCGGGGUAUCAGAAGGGUCACGUUCGCCGCAUUGAAGAGAAGACAGGUACCAAAGUUCUUCACGUUCCGUCAAAGAGACGGUUUCGUCGAGGACAGGAUUUACCGACACCUCGAGCCCGCUUGUGCCUUCCAACUGGAACUGAACAGAAUGAGAACGUACGAUCUGGAAGCACUGCCUACCUCAAAUCAAAAGAUGCAUCUGUACCUUGGCCAGGCUAAAGUUGCCAAAGGACAACAAGUCACCGAUUAUCGUUUCUUCAUUCGUUCUAUCAUAAGACACUCCGAUUUGAUAACCAAAGAAGCCAGCUUCGAUUACCUUCACAACGAAGGUGAACGAGUUCUCCUGGAAGCGAUGGAUGAAUUAGAGGUCGCGUUCUCGCAUCCCCUGGCUAAACGUACCGAAUGUAAUCAUAUAUUCUUGAACUUUGUGCCAACCGUUAUUAUGGAUCCAGUUAGAAUAGAAGAAAGCGUAACCAGCAUGAUCCUCAGGUAUGGUCCAAGACUAUGGAAGUUACGCGUACGUCAAGCUGAAAUCAAGAUGACCAUUCGUCCGGCUCCGGGGAAAGCAAUAUCCACGAUACGUUUGUCGAUCGCCAACGAUAGCGGUUACAGUAUAGACUUGCACGUUUACACAGAAGCAACCGAUCCAAAGACCGGGAUUGUUCGUUUCGAAUCAUCCCCUUCGGCGACGAACAAAUCUUGGAGACCAGGACCCAUGCACGGUUUACCUAUCUCCACUCCCUAUUUAACCAAAGAUUAUCUUCAAGCGAAACGUUUCCAAGCCCAAAGUGCUGGUACGACUUACGUAUACGAUUUGCCGGACAUGUUUAGACAACAAACGGAAAUGAUGUGGCAUAAAUACAUAGAAGAAAGACCUGACUGCGAGAUAACUGUUCCAAAUCCUGUGAUGGAUUGCGUGGAGUUGGUGUUGGAGGGUGAACACUUGGUGGAACAGAAACGUCUGCCUGGUGAGAAUAACGUUGGUAUGGUUGCCUGGAGGCUAAGACUUUACACGCCAGAGUAUCCAGAGUCUGGACGAGACGUUAUAUUAAUUGCUAAUGAUUUGACUCAUUUAAUUGGUUCCUUUGGUAUCAAGGAAGAUCUGGUGUUCUGUAGAGCAUCGGAAAGGGCCAGGCAACUUGGUAUUCCUAGAAUAUAUUUCUCAGCAAAUUCUGGAGCUCGCAUUGGCUUAGCUGAAGAAGUUAAAGCGCUGUUUAGAAUCGCUUGGGAAAAUGAAAACGAGCCAGAGAAAGGAUUUAAAUAUAUUUACCUAACACCAGACGAUUAUGCUCGUUUAGCACCUUUUAAUUCAGUAAAAACUUCGUUGAUCGAAGAUCAUGGGGAAUCUCGUUAUAAGAUCACGGAUAUUAUUGGCAAAGACGAUGGACUUGGCGUGGAGAAUUUAAAAUACGCUGGAAUGAUUGCUGGAGAAACAUCCAGAGCCUAUGAAGAGAUAGUCACCAUUUCAAUUGUAUCUUGUAGAGCCAUCGGUAUUGGUGCUUAUCUGGUACGUCUUGGACAGAGAGUGAUUCAGAUUGAAAAUUCACACAUUAUUUUAACCGGUUACAAAGCAUUGAACGCCGUGUUAGGUCGUGAAGUAUACGCGAGUAACAAUCAGUUAGGUGGUAUACAAAUUAUGCACAACAACGGUGUGUCCCACACAACUGAUCCAAGAGACUUGGAUGGUGUUGCAACAGCUCUACGAUGGCUAAGCUUUUGUCCUAAAUACAAAGGUGCACCUCUUCCUAUAUUACCAACACCUCUUCCUGAUCCAGUUGAAAGGGAGAUCAGCUAUGUUCCUACUAAAACAGCCUAUGAUCCAAGAUGGAUGUUGGAGGGUAGAUAUUCACAGAAUGGUACAAACAGUUGGGAAAGUGGAUUCUUUGACCGUGGUUCUUGGCAGGAAAUAAUGAGACCCUGGGCUCAGACUGUAGUAACCGGCCGAGCUAGAUUGGGUGGAAUUCCUUGCGGUGUCAUUGCAGUUGAAACUAGAACAGUCGAGUUGCAUUUACCAGCAGAUCCUGCCAAUAUCGAUUCAGAAGCCAAAACAAUAUCUCAAGCUGGACAAGUGUGGUUCCCCGAUAGCGCGUACAAAACUGCUCAAGCUAUUAAAGACUUUGGAAAGGAGGAACUACCACUUUUCAUUUUUGCUAAUUGGAGAGGAUUUUCUGGUGGAAUGAAAGACAUGUACGAACAAAUUAUAAAAUUCGGUGCUUACAUCGUCGAUGGCUUGAGAGAAUAUACCAAACCAAUAUUUGUGUAUAUCCCACCGCACGGAGAGUUAAGAGGCGGUGCCUGGGCGGUAGUUGAUCCAACGAUAAAUCCUCGUUACAUGGAAAUGUUUGCCGACAACACAAGCAGAGCCGGAGUUCUCGAACCUGGUGGCAUAGUAGAAAUUAAGUUCAGGUCUAAAGAUAUACUUAAAGUUAUACACAGGAUCGACGGUAUUAUUCAGAAACUCAAAGAAAAAUUACCUACUGCAAAUUCACCGGAAGAACGAACAGAAAUCGAAGCUCAAAUACGUAAAAGAGAAUUGAAUUUGGAACCCAUGUAUCACCAAGUCGCAAUUCACUUUGCUGAUCUCCACGAUACACCGGAAAGAAUGUUUGAGAAAAAUGCAAUUCAUGAUAUUGUUCCAUGGCGAAAGGCACGUAGAUCGCUGUAUUGGAGACUCAGAAGAAGACUUUUGGAAGAUGAAAUUAGAGAAGAAAUUCUGUCGACUCAACGUAGCUUAGACGUUCGACAAAUCGGUGCAAUGUUGCGUAGAUGGUUUAUAGAAGACAAAGGGACCACUGAAUCCUAUCUGUGGGAUCAGGAUGAAGCUGCGACAAUUUGGCUGGAGCAACAACGUCAAGACGAGAACAGUGUUGUUUCACGUAACAUUACAUGUGUGAAACAAGAUGCGGUUGUAUCUCGUAUCAAAGAAGCCUUGGAAGCAUGCCCAGAAAUGAGAUUAAACGCAAUAUUGGAAAUUGCCCAUAGGCUACAACCGGCAGAACGUACCGAACUGCAAAGAACUUUAUCACAAAUUGAAACGACUACCCAGGAACACCACAAUGACUCAAGUGCUUCAUCCUAAUAUUUCUCAAAAUUAAAAGAUCCCUUUUGUCUAUCUGCGUACCUGGUGUAUGUAGUUCUGUUUAGAAUUAAUUGUACAGACACUCGUUAUCCUUGUUAAUAGCUAAUUGUACGGGAGUAGUAUAAUUUUGAAAAAAAAAAAAAAAAGUUAAUUAAUUGCUUCUAUCGAUAGUGUUGCUU